GGCGGCUCCCGACACUCCGGGUACAUCUUGGUUGAAAUACUCCGUUGUCCUUUAUUAAGCAUGGGGGCCGCAGUGGUCACUGUGAGGCCGGGCUGGCCCCUGGCUUGUGGGGAAGCCAGGAGGGGCUAAGGUAGAGGGGCUGCCCUAUGUCCAGGGCUUUCUGAAAUGCUCAUUCUUCCCCUCAUUUGUGUUGCUCCUUUGAACUGCAGAGACAGUGACACUUGGUGUGGAGUUGAAUUAGGGCUCCCCAAACAUCGUGGAGAUCUCAGAAGAGUAUCCCUGUAGAAAAUUUGUCAAGGUGAAAUGCCACUUGGUCAAAAUGACGAAACACAGAUUGUAGAAUCCUCAGUUGCUGAGCUGGGAGGAGGGUGGGGUGUUGCAGUGGGCUGGCUGCUCAGAAUAUUUACAGACGUCAGGGCUUUCUCAGCCAAGGCCCCUGAACAGCACAGCGACACUGUGUUCCCAUGUGUGUUUACCUCCUUUGCUGGCAGCUGCUGGGAGGACAUUCCGCGUCAGGCGAAAAGAGCAGCGCAUGCUUUCCAGCUCCGCCCCUGGGGGCUGCCACAGUGAUCGCACAGGCUGCACUGGGUGAGGCUGAGGUGUCUGGCUCCUCAGCCCUGUCAUGUGAAGCCCGAGGGCCCCUGUCCUCUGCAUGGCUCCUCAAGACCAGAUAGACAGGCUGGCAAGCCUUGAAAAUAUAUUCCGAAAUGUGUAAAGUGCUUGGAGCUGAAGAUUCUCUGGUCCAGGUAACCUCUGUUCAGAGCCUUCACGUGCACAGCCAGCCGGUGGGAGAUGGGUGUGAUGUGAACUGGGAGCCUCACUUUCCGGGUGUCUAGGCCCUCUUGGCCCUGUGUGGAGGCCACAGUAGCUCCCCAUUCAUCGUGUGCAUCCCUGUCAUUCUUUGCUGCAUUCUGACCUGGCAUGUCUCUCCUCCACUGAGAGGCCUGUUUGCCUUUUCAAUUGACAAAGUAAAGUGCUCCCACCGAGGGUGCAGGCCCCCUGCCCCUGGCACCCCAGUUCUCAGGUGUGGUUUUGCUCUCUGCUCAGGUGCUGGUGUCAUUAUGCAGAACUCUUCAAGAGGCCUGGCUCUGCUUUGAAGGGUUUGUACCAGGGCUGAGUGCACUCUUGCCCGGUCUUGCAUGGAUAACAUCUUUUUCGGCCUUUCUUUUCUCCCUACACCAGCCUGCCCAUAAGAGUGCACAUAAAGCAUGCCUGCUGUUAGUGUGCAUGUGUUUUAAAUAUCCAGCUCCAUGCGUUGUACAGGGAGCCCAGCCACACCACUAGCGUCCAUAUCAAGAAGGUGUGCUAGCACCCGGAUGUCCCCUGUUCUCCAGACCAGGUGGCCCUGCCCUGAAUUCUGCCCUCAGGGAUGAGUUUUGCUUAUUUCUGGCUUGGAUACAAAUGCUGAGGUGGUGUGCCGUCUCUGCCGUGGGGUUGCUGGGGAGCCGGGGCUCACUCAAGACUCACCUGCUUGCGGCGCUUCAUGCUCAGUGCUGGGUGUGACUGGUGGUGGUGGCCCAGCACAAUUCAUUAGACUUUUAAAGAAGAUUCUAUGAAUAGCCAAGAGGGAGACUUGUCCUUCAGAUCCCAGAGCAUGUGCUGAAGCUGAGAGGCCUGCCGAGCAUGCCGGACCGCCAUGGAGCCUGGUGACUGGGUGUCCAGGGUAUGGCUGAGGUGGGACAGACCUGACUGACGCCUGGCACCUGGGAAGCAAGGGGUACCUCACACCACCCAACGGAGCAGGGCAUGGGCUGACCUGAGAACUAAGCCAAAAUACAACCAUGCAAAGAAGGCAAGGGAAAGGGGCUUUCACUCUGGGGCACAGAGGGUGGCCACUAUGCGGUAGCAAUGGGAAAACUUGCGGUAAAGUAACAGACUGUUUCCGAUAGACAGUGCCACAGGCAAGGCUGCAAGACAGGGCAGGCAUGGGAGGAAAUAUCGGCAGCUGUGGAUCAGACAGCCCGUGAGCCUGCCCACACCACGUGCACCACACUACAGACUGGUGACCCUGUGUGAACAAAGCUGCUCUCAGGGACCCAUGUGCAUCAUCUUCUUUAAGUUCGAUCCUCGCCCUGUUUCUAAAAAUGCAUACAGGCUCAUCCUGGCGGCCAACAGGGAUGAAUUUUACCACAGACCAUCCAAGCUAGCUGACUUCUGGGGGAGCAACAAUGAGGUCCUCAGUGGGCUUGACAUGGAGGAAGGCAAGGAAGGAGGCACGUGGCUGGGAAUCAGCACACGGGGGAAGCUGGCCGCACUCACCAACUACCUGCAGCCACGGCAGGACCCGGAUGCCCGGGGCCGAGGUGAACUUGUGACCCAUUUUCUGACUACAGACAUGGACAGCUUGUCCUACUUGAAGAAGGUCUCUGCGGAGGGCCACCUGUACAACGGCUUUAACCUCAUAGCAGCCGACCUGAGCACAGAGAAGGGGGAUGUCAUUUGCUACUAUGGAAACCGGGGGGAGCCUGAGCCAGUUGUCCUGGCACCAGGGACCUAUGGACUAAGCAAUGCGCUGCUGGAGACGCCCUGGAGGAAGCUGUGCUUUGGGAAGCAGCUCUUCCUGGAGGCUGUGGAGCGGAGCCAGGCGCUCCCGAAGGAUGUCCUCAUUGCCCAGCUCCUGCAUGUGCUCAACAAUGAUGAGGCGCAGCUGCCAGACCCGGCCAUUGAGGACCAGGGCAGGGAGUACGUGCAGCCCUUCCUGAGCAAGUAUGCGGCUGUGUGUGUGCGCUGUCCAGGCUACGGCACCAGAACCAACACGGUCAUCCUCGUGGAUGCAGACGGGCACGUGACCUUCACAGAGCGUAGCAUGCUGGACAAGGACCCCUCCUGCUGGGAGACCAGCACCCACGAGUUCAAGCUGCAGAGCUAACCCCUCUCCCUGGGUGUGGCCAUUGGGCUCCUGGAAGGCCCUGCCUCGAGGACCAGUGUGGAUAGGAACCUUCCGUAGGCACAUGCACUGCCUGUGACUUGGCCAAGCAUCCCCCAGGACCAGGGCCCUCUGGUGUUUCUGUGACCUGUCUGUGUCCACGUGUCCCGCUCAGGGUCUGCCCUUACGCCAGUAGGAGCGACAGAGUCCCGCAGCCAGGCCUGGGGCAGGCCUAGGUGUGCUGUGCUUGUGUGAAGGCACCUCGAUCUGCCCCUGUCCAAGCACAGAGGCACACAGUCGAGGCACAUGCCUCCAUGCACACCUGCAGGUACACGGGCACACGCACACCAUGCACAGGCAACAGAUAGGUGUACACAUGCUCAAACGGACACAGAACCCCCGGCAUCCACACGUAUGCAUGCUAGACAGGCAGAGAUGUGCCGCUCACAUCCGCAAGUGCUUCUGGCCAGUGGGUCUUUCCUUUGAUCAAAACAACAGGGUGUAGACUUUUGUUUAAAAGUGGCUCCCUUUCUCCUGGGCAUAGUCCACUUCUGGACAGCUAGACUUGCUUUUAGAGAGGAGAGGCCCCAUUUGGAAUGAGAAAUGAGAACAACCCCAGAAAAACCCACUGUCAUAACAGAAGCACAGGCUGAUUGGUGGUCCUUUAUGCUCUGGGGGGUCUCCUGUGUGCAUGGGGUGGUCCGGGGGGGGGGGGGGGGUGGUCCUGCAUGAUGUCCCAGGGGUUCUGUGUAUGCUGGGGCACCUUGGUAGGCUCUCAGGCACCUACCUGCCCAUUGGGGGUCAUGGGAUUGGGCAGGCCCUCUCAGUGAGGGGACACAGGCAACCCUUACUAUUUCCCUUCUCCUUGGGGAGUCAGACUUCAUAGGAAUCUGUACUUGAACGUGAGAACUUGAUAAUAAAAUUCAGAGGCUGUGGUGA